AUGUCUUUAGGUUACGCAGAGAAACUAUCCUUCAUCGAAGAUGUUGGUCAAGUGGGCAUGACCGAGUUCUUCGACCCGUCUCAUGUUCUACAAUGCAAGAGUAAGCAUCUAGUGGUCUUUACAGGCGCCGGCAUUUCAACUUCUUGUGGUAUACCUGAUUUCCGAGGCCCCAAAGGAAUCUGGACGUUACAGCGUGAGGGCAAAGACUUACCAAAAGCAUCUCUGCCUUUUCAUCGUGCAAUGCCGAGCAUGACCCACAUGGCUUUGGUUGAAUUGGAAAGAGCUGGCAUUUUAAAAUUUGUCAUCAGUCAGAAUGUGGAUGGCUUACAUCUUCGAUCUGGAAUACCAAGAGAGAAGCUUUCUGAACUACAUGGAGACUCUUUUAUGGAGAUGUGCCCAUCAUGUGGAGCUGAGUACUUGCGUGAUUUCGAGGUGGAAACUAUUGGAUUAAAAGAGACAUCAAGAAAGUGCUCUAAUGGAAAAUGUGGAGCUAAGCUUAAAGAUACGGUCUUAGAUUGGGAGGAUGCUUUGCCUCCAAAAGAGAUUGAUCCUGCAGAGAAACACUGCAAAAUGGCUGAUCUUGUACUCUGUUUGGGUACCAGUCUGCAGAUAACCCCUGCUUGCAACUUGCCUCUCAAAUGUCUCAGGGGUGGAGGCAAGAUCGUGAUCGUCAAUCUUCAGAAAACCCCAAAGGACAAGAAAGCAAACGUAGUGAUUCACGGUUUUGUUGAUAAGGUGGUUGCAGGGGUCAUGGAAUCUCUCAACAUGAAGAUUCCUCCAUAUGUCAGAAUAGAUCUUUUCCAGAUAAUACUAACUCAAUCCUUAAGCAGAGAUCAGAGGUACAUUAACUGGACUCUGCGUGUUGCAAGUGUUCAUGGGCUGACUUCUCAGUUACCUUUCGUCGAAUCAGUCGAGAUUUCUUUCUCAGAUGACCAUAAGUACAAAGACACAGUUCUCGAUAAGCAGCCAUUUUUGGUGAAAAGGAGAACAACACGAACAGAAACAUUUGACAUAUUCUUGACAGUCAACUACAGUGACGGUUGUGACUCUCUCCCCACAAAACUUAACAUUCCUUUUGAAUUUGAGGUUUCAACAGAAGAGCAUGGAGAGAUGAUUGACAAGGAGGCGGUGCUACAAAGCCUGAGAGAGCAAGCGGUUGAAGAAUCCAGUUGCGGACAAAACGGUGUGGUUGAGAGAAGAGUGGUUUUUGAACCGAGAAGUGAAGCAAUUGUGUAUGCGACUGUGACCAAUCUCAGGACUUUCAAUUGUCAACAAUCUCUGCUUGCUACUAAUGGAGACCUCAAAUGGAACCUGGAAGGUUCUGGAACGUCCCGUAAACGUUCAAGAACCGGGAAGCGAAAAUCGAAGGCAUAA